CCAUCAUAUCCUCUUCUACCAACACAACAUCACAGGCCCGCAAUUUUUUUCAGGCACUUCUCUCAUUCGCCCACUUGAUACCCUGGAAACCCCUGCUAGCACCACUGCCACUCCCCUCUGACUCAGAACCUCGACACACUGCAAGACAGCUUUGCGCUGCGCUGCGAGCUGGAGGCGGCCGCAUCAACUUCACUUCGAUCUUCUACAAUGACAACUCUGGACGAAUCACGAGUGGUGGACGGCUUCCAUUCGCUGCUUCAAGUCUCCCUAGCGCAAGCUCAAGCAGAGGGUCUGCUGAGUGUGUCGGAGCUGACGGGCGCAUCAGAGCAGAUACAACUCAGCGCUCCCUCCUUUGCACUCUUCAUCGCAGCCUUGCAGGCACGGGACGAAUCCAUCGCAAUGCCUGAUGGCUCGUUCGUCUUGAAUCACGACUCUUGUCCAGUCAGCUUGAAGCCCUUCUUCGAAGUAUGGAGGAGCUGCAUAAAGCCGAUACAAGCGCUUGAAUUGGACGAUAGGCACGACCUCGCCCGGUCGAUCUGCGGCAAACAGCCCAAACGCGCACCAAGCCAAGGACUAAAUCCCAAUGUGCACAGAAUACUGAUGGAUCUUCAGCUGGUUGCCAUGGAGAUCAACCUAAGGUCUUCUUUUCAGAACCGCUUUGGAAGGGAUCUGCAGCACGUCGUGGAUGGUGCUGCGAUCAAUCUCACUCCGCGCUCUUCGGGAGAGACUAGCCGUUCGCAGGCCAGCCAAGUCCAGUAUCAGCCUCCUCCAAGCUACGAUGCUGCCACAUACACUUUGCAUCAACAUAACCACGAACACAAGGUCCCCAGCAUUGGAGCUCAAUCGGGGCACCCGCAAGAUCAAGCUCCAUCCGCACAUCCCACCAUUCAAUCCAACGAGACAUCAGCGAGCAGUACAGCGAGUCUGCCCGCUUCCGGGCAGGAUGCUCUAAUGCUCAUCAGAGAGACGCUAUUCUCGUCCCUCGCAGACUCGAUGGCUACUAAUCCCGCCCUGGCGCAGCUGGUUGCUAGAGGCCAUCAAGGUGCGCGAGGAGAAGGGUACGCCUCAAGGGCCUACUUUGCCGCUUUGACGCUUUCCAUCCUCGACGUGGCACUCUACCGCGUUGAUGUGGAGCGCGGAGAAACGUCUUCUGAUAUUGCUGGCCCUCCUCGACAAGUCGUCGUGAGAGGUGUCCAGACGGACUCAAACAAGGCUUCAUCCAUAUCGCUCGACGAAUGCCCAAAGCACUUGAUCCCGAUGAUGCUAGGGCUCGGAGGCAUCGCUUCUGCUGCUCAGACUCUGGCGAUCGCGGAUGAUCAGAGAGCAAUGAGGGACGCGGAGCAGGGAAAGAGGACGAAAGAGUCGGAAGGAAGAAUUGCGGGUGUUCGCACUAAGCUCCUCGGCACCGAAGAGCUGAUAGGAGUGGUGAAUGAAAGAAGGCACAGGGUACAAAGGAGGCAAGAUGAGCGAGCGCAGCGCCAGGGCCGUGGGUCUGCGCAAGUAUCGAACCCGCAUAGCAGCGCAGACAGCCGGCAGCAUACAGUCCUCAAUUCCGCUCUGUCGCACAGCCACACUCGCGAACGAAGCAGCAUCGACUCCUCCUCAUCCGCAGAGUCUAGAGAAGCAGACACCUCAGCCCAAAGCGUAGCUGCUCUUACGCUCAGUAUACUCAAAUUGGCUAUGGGUGAGUAGCAUCCAUCCCCGGUUCGUCAGGCCUGAGGUGGCCACAACGAUGCUGACAAGGGAAUCAUCGUCCACAUUACUUUGCGCCUCUGGCCUCGCUUUCCACAGCCAUGUUCCAGUUGCCUGCUUUCAGAGAUCGACUUCAAGAUGCAUUGCAAGUCCUCGCUGCUGUGCAUACCCUGUAGCAACGAUGAGAGUGCAGCAGCGCAUGCAAGUAUUCCUAUCAUUGUAGCGCAUUCCGCGGAGGGAAGUUGGGAGAGCUUCGCUUGAGGGGCAAUGUGCUCGAUAGCGUACUCGUCGAGGACUUGACUUCCACUCAAUAUCGUCGUUCACCUCCAGUCUUU